AUGACAACAUUACUCUACCCAUCUGCUUUCGAGUCAGAGGUUACGGAGGCUCCCGACCCUGCUCUACCCGAGGCAGAGGCGCACAAUUCAAACUCCUCGCAGGACUCAGAAUGGUCGCCUCAGGGAAGUCUUGCAUCUUUCAUAUGCCAUGCUUCGUAUUUACAAAAUGAACUUCGCACGGAUAACUCGAUAUUUGUCGAUGACAACAACAGGAUCAAAUCGUUAUCCAGGCAUAAAAUUGGAUCAGGUGCUUCUUUCAUCGUAGAGCGUGCUGAAUGGCUAGCUGGAGUUCAUCAGCAUGAUGUAUCCUUGUCUCAACAAUUCUCUAAAUGGGGACAAUAUAUUGCGAUAAAGAGUGUGCGGGAAAGGCCCCAAUUACGCAACAGACGGAACAAUUGGAGCGAUGUAGCUCUUGAACUGCGUGCGCUGUUGCAUAAACCGCUACGAUACCAUCCCAACAUUGUCCAUUUGUUGGGAUUCGGAUGGGGCUCGUCCGCUGAAUCAGACUCUGCAUAUCCAAAGAUCAUUAUCGAAUAUGCCACAUUCGGUUCAUUUCGUGAUGUCCAGGUCUACAAUCCUCCGCUGCCGUUUGCCAUUAAACAGAAACUUUGCCAUGAUGUUGCUCGUGGGCUUGCAAUUCUUCACGCAUGCGGAAUCGUCCAUGGCGAUCUGAAACAUGAAAAUGUCCUUAUUUUUGCCAACAACUAUGACAUACCAGAUGGCCAGCCAUACACUGCAAAACUGGCAGAUUUUGGUGGAGCGGUAAUGGACAUUGGCCAACGUGACUUGUCAUGUCUAUCUAUGGGAACCUACCCGUACCAGGCACCCGAAUCUUCACAGCGACUCUCUGCUGAUGGAAUAAAGCAGACGGAUGUUUACUCCUUCGGGCUGCUGGUGUGGAGAACCUUUAUCGACGGAAAAAGUAUCGCAACGGAGUUGGGACUAGAUUCCAAGCCAACGGAGUCUUCUGAGACAUUAAUCCAGGAGCUGAAACUCAGCGAUGAAAUCCUUCUAAAAGCAGUGUGCAGUGUCCAGAGCUAUUCUUCGAACAAUGGGAUCAGUGAUCGCGCGCUGGAAUUGAUCUUGUAUGUGUUAGCGCAAACAAUCCUGGUCGAACCAAAGGAUAGGUGUCUCUCUCGAGCACAGUCAGCACUGAGAGGCAUGCAUCUUAACAAAAUAGAUUCAUUUCUUCAGAAAGUCGCUGCUGCGAAUGAUGAGAGGGAUGAUAUCGAGCGUACUGAACCGCCGGGGUCGCACGGAAUGACCGCUGACAACAUUGGCUUCUUUCUUGGGAACUUAGGUAACGAUUAUGAUUGCCAAAGAAAUACCCCGGGCUAUCGACAGAAGCUGUCACAUCCAGAUAUAGGGGAAUUUUUAUUCGAACCUGAGAAAUUAAAGGAAAUUCUUGACUGGGUUCAACAGCAGCAGAUUGUCGACGAUUUCAGGGAGGCAGCUCGAAAAAACAGAACAGGAACCUCUGAUGGCCUACAGCCAUGGAAAGCUGCAUAUUACCUGUUUCAAUGCUACCUAUCUGGAUUUGGAGUAACAUUUGACGGUAAACAAGCGUGUCAUUGGCUACAGGAAUCUGCCGAUGCUGGUGACCAGGGUGAUGUCGACUACUGGGCGAUGGCUUGGUUAUUGCGCGUUAGUACCGCGCUUUCUGUACCGAUAUCUCUUACGCUGGAUGAGCUACAAGAGUACAUUCGAUGGGGCAUUAUAAGAGGUCAUCAAAACUGUCUUGAGGACGGAAGAAAAAUAAUUGAGCAACUAACCAAUACAGAUGAACGGGUACGAUGGGAAAGUAUGAUGACAGAGGCGGAUUGGGUCAGGAGAACUGUAGCUGGUGGGGUCGGAAUGCCUCACUUUGUCCCUCGAAAAUUACGCCGAUGCUACGAUCUGGAUGAUAUUUCGAUCCUUGAAGGUCAGAUCAAGGAUGAACUUGGAACGACAUAUAAUUCCUGUUUGCGGAAGAAUCUUUCACGUCCUUUUUUGAAUUUUUUCGGGAAGAACAAGAAAACAGAGUUCACAACAGCCGAAGAAUCUGAGUUUGAUAAAAUUUUUGUUAACCACAAGGGCCACGGUCUCCUACAUUUGGCUGCAAUUCUCGGAAAAUUGAGAGCGCUGAAGUACAUGGUUGAAACGUAUUUGUGCAGCAUUGACCUACCAAAUAAAUCCUUGGCUGAAUCACCUCUUACAUGUGCUUGUCGCAGUGGCCACUUUGACUGUGCCAUGUAUCUCGUUGGAUGCGGAGCCAAUGGAGGGGGAACAAAAUACGGUGAAGAAGCUCCUUUGCACUGGCUUUGUAGCUUCAGUCCUGAAGAAAUGGGACCUCUUGCAAAAGCCUUAGUAGAUGCCGGCGCUAAUAUAGAACAUGCCAGUGGUGCGAUGCGAAAAGACGUUAGAAUGAUAAAUGCUGACUGGGAGGACAAUUUUGGCGUUGUAACAACACCACUAGGGAGGGCUGUGUUAAUGAGGAGCCUUCCUGCUGUAAGAGUCCUCCUUGAACUCGGCGCAAAUCCCUUAGCCAAAGUGGGACAUGAAAACAACACUAAUGUCAAAUCUCCCACGGAGCUAGCGGCUGUACUUACUCUUCCUCAUAUUCUGGAAGUAUUGCUCCUAUUCAUCGACCAAGUGCUUCUAGAAAAGACGCCAAUAUUUGACGAGAUUGACAUGCUUCGAGCUGCUCAUGAAAAUCGAAUAACUCCAUUUGAUCCAACUACUUUACAAAGCAGGUUGGAAGUGAAGCUAGGAAAUUACGAUAUUGUGGAGGCACUGUUGGAGCUAGGACAUAGUCCAAACGGCUCUCCUGGCCACCGACCUAUCGAGGAGGCAGUUUUGAUGAACCAUGAAGCCAUUUUCCGACUUCUAGUCAACCGUGGUGCACGAACGGGAGUAAAACGCACCGGUUACAAUGGAAGACAGUUCUCUUUGCUCCAGAUAUCUGCUAGCCGUCCACGAACAUCUCAUAAUGGAACCUUUAUAGCAGAGUAUCUUAUCCGGUCAGGGAUGGCUAUCGAACCAUUACCAGAUGGAAGUCCAUCAAGUUUAGCGCUGGCGAUCAAAAAUCGCUACUUCGACCUCUCCGAUCUGCUUCUGGAGAACGGUGCUGAUAUCAAUGCAUUGUAUCAGUCUGACAAAGAAGAAGAGUGGGUCACUGUCCUUGGUGAACUACUUCUGAUGCAUACGGAAGCCACCUUGCAAUCAUUGGCUUAUAUCUUUCGGAAACUAGAUGCCAAUUCUAAUAACCCUGCCAUUAAAGUGGAUUUCAUAGUCAACAAGAAGCGAAAGCUCACGGCCCUACAUACCAUCGCGCUUUGUCCCUUCAACGUGAUAAACGACAGGUCUCAAGUUUCUUCCAGGGUUAUUCAAGCGGUUCUUACAGCUUUCCAUACUGCAGAGCAUAUUAACUCUGUUCACCCGAUCCUAGGCACUGCGCUUUGUAUAGCCAGUGUUGCAGGAAAUCUAGAAAUGGUAACUGCUCUUUUAGCUCAUAGGGCUGAUACGGAAAUCCCAAUGCGCAUAGAUCAGUUAAGUGAAAGUGAUAGAGAGGACUUAGGGUUGCCCGAUACAGAAUAUAAUCAGCAAUGUGAAAACGGGGAAAGUACUCCCUUGGCUCUAGCGCAAUUUGCUCUUAGCAAACAGCUCUCGGACUUUGAGAAGUCGUCGCCCUUGGAUAUAGCUAGCUUAUCGAAACUGGAUUGUUUUGAGGCCAUGGUUCCGCUAUUCCAAAAUGCCGGAGUUCCCUAUUCAGAUGCAGCAUGGGAAUCUUUGAGAGAUAGGAGAAAGUGCCUUGAGGACCGAAUCAAACUCAGCACCUUGAUGGCGCAGCUAGCGCCAACUGAUCUAUCGGAGCCUGUGGAUCUCUCUGUGCUGACGGAUGAAAAGCCAACCAAUUGGAAAGAGGGGGAUGAAAUGAAUCAGGAGACGGCGGCAAGGACUCUGUUGAAAUUUAUGAGAGGUGGGUUCGAUUGA